AUGGGAGCGGCGGCUUCAUCUCGGCGGCAAGUCCCGCGCGUCUCGAGUGCGCCACCCCGCGGACGGUCGAAGCCGAAAGUUCUCGUGAACGGCAGCAGCCGGCGGCCGGCGUCCAGCGAAAACAACAGCAUUUACGGUGAUAAUAACAGAAACGGGAAGAAUGAUGCGGGAGUGGAUUCAGCGGCCCUGUGGAAGAUUGAACAGCGACGACGACAGGCUGGCAGGAACAAUGGCGAGAUCAGCGGGGACGACACCCAAUCGAUAGACACAGACCCCGCCACUCUGCAUAUACUUAACGCCGUAAAGGAGGCGGACAACUUGCCGGACGAAAAGGCGACAAUGAAACUGCAGUUGCUACGAAGUUGUUACCCGUACCUUGAACAAGUGCCUCCGAGGCGAUUUGAUCACCUGGCAGUUCUUGUCUACCAAAAGGAGGGAGAUGUGUAUUUCACACAAGGAGAUGUGGAAAGCGCAAAGACGACCUAUAGUCGUGCUAUUCAAAUUGCUGAAACACGUGUGGCAAGGGGUGAGAAAGAAAUAUAUAUGGUACUUAAACGAUAUGUACUUGCUAUGGUGGGAAUGGCAAGAAUUUGGUAUGAACAGGAACGCAAAACAACAGGAUUUACAUUUGCCAAAAAAGAUCUAGAGAUAGAUGUCUCAUUGGAUGAAAGUAUGGCCUCUAUUAGCUCGUGUGAGAGCAGUAUACUCUCUGAUACUAGUAUUUUCAGUUUAAAUCAGGAAAUUCUAAAAUCCAUGGCACCAAAAGCACCUCGUCGACGUGUUGGUCCUGCAGUGAAUGUCGUCAGACUUUUACGUCCAACAAUACUGAAAACGCACUACACAGCAGAAGAUGAUUUUGUAUUGCGUAGCCAAAUGGCACGUGAAUUAAAGGCAUCACCAUGUGAACUUUUAUUACUUCGUUGUAUUGAGGUGGUGGAAAUAGGACACCGACGGCAGUCAGAAUUACUUAUCCCUGCAUUAAUUGAAUUGGCCCAGAUAUAUGAAGAUCUUGCAUUGUAUAAUCGAUCACUUUUGCUGGUGCGACGUUGUCUUGGUAUUUUGUCUGUUGUUUACGAUUAUGAUCAUCCAUGGAUUAUCCAAUUACGACGUCGUGCUGAUUACCUUAUGGAAUGUAUGGAUGAAAAACUAAAGGACGGUAUGGCAACUAAGAUUCAGGCAACAUGGAAGAUGUAUAAGGCAAUGUGUCAAUUAGAAGAAAAACUUGGCCGACCAGUCACACGACAUGUAUUAAUACCAAAAUCCUAUCAAAAUUCUAAUGCUGGCCCAGAUUUCCUAAAAGAUUUUGUUAACGAUUUACCAGAAGGUACUGUUUUGUAUGGCACUGGUGAUGCAGAUGGACCAUUGGGUGAGGCACUCCGAGAAAUCAACGGAUCUAUGCAAGACCGAAGCGAUAAAACCCCAUCCCCUAUAAAUUCAUCACCAAAGAAUAGUCGAGAACCAACACCCGAUUUGAGAGAUCAGCGCACACCUUCUUCACUACGUCGAUCCACACACAUGGGUAAAGGAUCAUCUCCAACUGGGAUGAAUAUUGAAGAGACACGUGAUCCUGCAAUCUCUGCCGUAUAUCCGGCUGUGAAGCACGGUGAUCAGCCUUCUGUGAAUACUAUGUUUAUUCCAAAUGCACGAGUUGUCAGUACUGUUCAGGAUACCUUAACCGAUACGCAGAUGCAGGACACUGAAUAUGGUGGGGUGCUAACAAUUCGCACAACCACUGUUACUCGCACUAUAACGGAACAAGAGGUUGGAAGUGAUGAGGAGAGUUCUUUCGAUGAAGAAGAAGAAGUGAUCGAAGAGCGUGAACCAAUGGAUGAACGGGAAUUGAUGAGAGAUGAAGAAUAUCCGACGGAAGAGCAGGAAAUAAAAACAGGAAGACAGGAAGUGGUUAAAGAUCAUGUGGUGGUGGUGGUGGAAGAACGGGAAGUGAUUAGAGAUAAAGAAAUACCAGAAGAUGAUGAUCCGAUGGAAGAACAGGAAAUAAAAACAGGAAGACGGGAAGUGGUGGAAGAGCAUGUGGUGGUGGUGCAAGAACGGGAAGUGAUUAGAGAUGAAGAAGAUCCAGAAGAAGAAGAAGAAGAAAAGGAAGAAAAUGAAGAUAAUGAUGAACCGAUGGAAGCAGAGGAACCUGCGGAAGAACCCAGUGUAAUAGAGGAAGAAGUGAUACAGGAAGAAGUUGAGGAGUAUGACGACGGAAGUGCAGUAAGGAGAGUGGUAGAAACACACAGAGAAGUCAUAGUAGAAGAUGGGAAUCCCCCUAUUCAAAUUGAGGAGAAAAAAAUCUAUGAAGUCACUGCAACAACAGUGGCACCCCAAAAACUUUUAAGCGAGAAUAGUGUAGAUACCACAGAUAUAGCACCAAGAGAUGAGGCAGGUAGCAGGCUUACCAAAAGAUACAGUAGCAGCACGAACGAGACCAGCAGCGAAUUAAGUGUUGAAGGAGCACUGCAUGCGGAGUCUACAGCAGAAUCUGCGUCUGUGGAAAGCGGUCAAGGUUCUCAAGGAGGCACAAGACGCAUGCGUGCUUGGAAAGCCAGUCCCGAGGAAGAAUAA